AUGGCAAGAAAGAUCUUCAAACCUAUCAUUGAUAUUGACGCUGGCACGCAUGACGAUCGAUUGUAUACUGCUGCUCUUCAUCCCUGGAGAAGUUGGUUAAGAAGAUCAUUGUUACCUUUUGUUCGACAAGAAACUCCUUGGUUGGCUGCUAUGCAGAAACGUAUUAGAACACCUCUUCUUGAUCAUUAUUUCUUAUGGACUGCUAAUCUUGGGACACAUACAUUUUUUAUGGUAUUUUUACCUAUUCUAAUCUGGUUUGGUAAUCCUCAUCUUGGUAGAAGUAUAGCAUGUUUGACAGCAUUUGGAGUGUUUUGGUCUGGAUUUCUCAAGGAUUUCAUGUGUUUACCUCGACCAGCAUCACCACCAGUACACCGAUUGACGAUGUCUCAAGGGGUAGCUUUAGAAUAUGGGUUUCCUUCAACACAUUCAACAAAUUCGAUCUCGGUAGCACUUUAUCUUAUUGCCGUGAUCUGUGAUUCGAUAUCUCCUGAAUCUCCUGCUCGAAUGUUAUGUAUCCUUGGUGCCAUAUUUUACGCUGUCAGUGUGGUAUUUGGACGUAUUUAUUGUGGUAUGCAUAGUGUCACAGAUGUCAUCGGUGGAACCAUUUUAGCGUUUAUCCUUUAUUGGGUACAAUGGACUUUUCGUGAUAGUUUAGAUAGUAUUGUUACAAGUGAAAACUAUUGGGUUUUCCUUACGAUUCCUAUUUGUCUAGGUUUAGUCGGUAUACAUGUCUGUUUCAUGGGUGUCUUGAUGGGUGUUUAUCCUGGAAGUUGGAUGUGCAAUAAAACUGAACUAUGUCAACUCGGUCUCAAAUCUUCUGGUAGUGGUAUCUCUUUUGGAUUCAUUUCAUUAAGUAUCAUCUUGAUGAAAGUUAUUGUUGGUGUUGCUAUGUUAUUUAUCUGGCGUAUCGCUUGCAAAAAGGUGUGUUACUUUCUUCUUCCUCCUAUCUACCGGGCAUUUAACUUACCACAUCGUAAAUUUGAAAUUGGUGCAAGGUAA